GGAAGCUGCUGCUUAGCUCCAAACCCAUUAGCAGUAAUUGGAGGAUUACAGCCUCAGAUGAUCCGCUGCUAAUCAGAUCAGGAGCGGCUUUAGCAGGACGCCAGGCUGCCGCUCACAUUCACACCUCCGCUCCGCUUCGUGCUGGUUCCUGCUGCCGGUUCUGCAUCAUGACUCAGAACCCUGCGGUCCAGUUCCUGAGCUCCUCCUGGGACGGUUUGCAGCUCUGAGCCUCGUCGUUCCGCAGAGCCGUUGGGGAUCGUCGCCGUGAGUCGACGCCAUGCCGUUCCUGUCGCUGAAGUUCAACCUGCAGAAGCGGGUCAAGCUGGCUCAGGGUCUCUGGAUGCUCUACUGGCUCGCCGUCAUCGUGGGCAUCAUCCUCUUCAGCCUCGGCAUCUUCUUCAAGAUCGAGCUGAGGAAGAGGAGCGAGAUCAUGGACAACAACGAGAGCCACCUGGUGCCCAACCUGCUGAUCCUGGUGGGCGUGCUGUCCUGCGGCCUGAACGCCUUCGGGGGGAAGCUGUGCCACGACUCUCUGGACCCCCAGAAGUUCUCCAAGAUGAAGCCGAUGCUGCGGCCCUACAUGCUGCUGUGCUGCGGCUUCAACGCGCUGCUGCUGCUGCUGGUGCUGCUCUGCUUCCUCAUGCAGUUCGCCGUGUACCUGACGCUGGCCGAGGGCCUGAAGAACGCCAUCCGCUUCUACAAGGACACGGACACGCCGGGACGCUGCUUCAUGAAGCGGACGUUGGACAUGACUCAGAUCGAGUUCCGGUGCUGCGGAAACAACAACUUCAGGGACUGGUUCGAGGUGCAGUGGAUCAGCAACCGCUACCUGGACAUGAGCAACGACGGGGUCAAAGACCGUGUCCUCAGUAAUGUGGAGGGGAAGUACCUGAUGGACAGCGUCCCGUUCAGCUGCUGUAAUCCCGGUUCGCCCCGCCCCUGCAUCCAGCAUCACCUGACCAAUAACUCUGCCCACUACGACUACGACCACCGCACCGAGGAGCUGAACAUCUGGAACCGCGGCUGCCGCCAGGCCGUCUUCUCCUACUACAGCGGCAUCAUGAACAGCAUCGGUGCGCUGCUCAUCUUCACCAUCAUCCUGGAGGUGGGGGACGUGGCGGGCCUGAAGUACCUGAGCACGGCCCUGGAGACGAUGGCCGACCCGGAGAACCCGGAGUGUGAGAGCGAGGGCUGGCUGCUGGAGAAAGGCUUCAAAGAGACGCUGGCCGACCUUCUGUCCAAGGUCAAGACCUUCGGCCGCGCCAACCAGGUGGAGGAGGGUGGGGCAUCUCCCGACGCCGAUGCCACCUGAAGCCCCGCCCACCAGCAACCUGAGGCAUCCCAUCCCCUUCCCCACUGCAGCCGUCUGCCCUCCCCACAGCCGGGGGGACAAGAGAGGAGGCACCGCUUCCCGGACUGACAGACUCUACUGAGCAUGUGCAGAACACACACUGGACACUCACUGGACACACACUGGACACUCACUGGACACACACUGGACACUGACUGGACACACACUGGACACUCACUGGACACACACUGGACACACUGGACACUCACUGGACACACUGGACACACACUGGACACUCACUGGACACACACUGGACACUCACUGGACACACACUGGACACUCACUGGACACACUGGACACACACUGGACACUCACUGGACACACUGGACACACACUGGACACUCACUGGACACACACUGGACACUCACUGGACACACACUGGACACACUGGACACACACUGGACACUCACUGGACACACACUGGACACUCACUGGACACACACUGGACACUCACUGGACACUCACUGGACACUCACUGGACACACACUGGACACUCACUGGACACACUGGACACACUGGACACUCACUGGACACUGACUGGACACACACUGGACACACACUGGACACUCACUGGACACACACUGGACACACUGGACACACACUGGACACUCACUGGACACUCACUGGACACACUGGACACACACUGGACACUCACUGGACACACACUGGACACUCACUGGACACACACUGGACACACUGGACACUCACUGGACACACACUGGACACACUGGACACUCACUGGACACACACUGGACACACACUGGACACACACUGGACACACACUGGACACUCACUCUCCCAGAGAACUGUGUGUGUUUCCUUCCAGUCUGUAAAUUUGUCACCAGAACAUUUUAAUUGAACAGAACAUGAGGUCCAGAUGACCUGAGCCCGACCGGUACCACCGGUACCACCCGACCCGGCAGCCCUGACUCUGGCCUUCAGCUGCAGUGUCUCAGUGUGUCCUGCAGGGGGCUCAACUUUGAAGGACUCUUGCCAAAGUUUUUGGUUUUUACGCCCAGACUUGAGUUUGUUGAUGGUCGGGCGGUUCGGGACCGGUUGGUACCGGUUGGUACCGGUUGGUACCGGUUGGGUGGGUUGCUAUGGAAACAGAUAGCCAAAGAACAGGUGAACAGGUAAACACUUCCUCAUCUGGACUUUAUGCAGAGAUGUGCAGCAGGCAGGAAGUCAUGACAUAAUUGGACUUGCAAAUAGUUACGGCAGAGUAACAGGAAGUGAUGUCAGAGUCCUUUGCUAGCAGAAAGUAGAUGACAAGAGUUACAACAAGUGACGUCACUGGGCUGGAUGUGUCCAAGGACAGACCUUGAAUCCGGACACAGCUCCAGUCUGGCCACUUGACUUCCAGCCCAGUGACGUCACUUGUUGUAACUCUUGUCAUCUACUUCCAAGGACCGGUCCAAGGACCGGUCCAAGGACCGGAAGAGAGGAGCAGUGAGUGGACCUCACCAAGCUCCGCCUAAAACCGACCCAGAAAUCCCACAAACAAAAGCUGGCGGCGCUUUGUUUCUGUGUGAACAUGGAGUCUUGGACUGAUUCUGAGUCGAUUAGCUCAUCAUUUCACCAAAUAUCAGCUCCAACAGGGACAGAGGAUCGGACAAGUCCAUUGAUGUUGUUAUUUUCAGUCCUAACAUUUCAUUUUGCAAGCUUUUAGGACUUGAGGUCAGGCUGGUAGCUACUAAAGCUAACAGAGAUGUUAGCUUAACGUCAAAGGAAGGAAUGAGUUGAUUUACAGUUCUCUUGUUAGAAAGACUCUUAUGUCUGAGUUAAGCAACUCAGCUCCUUUUUUUUCAAAUUAAGUAAAUUCAUAAUUGAAGUGUUAUGUAGAACUCAGUGCAGUCGCGUCAUUUAGCAGGAGAGUGCUAACUGGUUGAUGUUAGCUCACAAGCUCUGCUGACAUCAGAAACAUACUUACAUUUUUAUGUCAAACUCAGCGAAAGACUCAUUUAUAAUAUUUUCACUUCUAACAUGGAAACUUUUUAGUUUGUUAUUCCACUUGCUAACUUGCUAACAGUGUUAGCGAAACAGCAGCAAAACAAACAGUGGAUCACCAUGGUAACGUGGAGCCUGGCGCUACGUUAGCAUCCAUUUACUCAUUUGUUUUUCUGAAUAAACUUUAUUUAUUACAGUAAACAGCCAUACAGUCGUAUUGAGGCCUUCCUCUGAUGCAAAUUAUAUGGAUGAGUUGGUCCAGAAGGUUUUGAGUCUCAUCAGAACGAUGAGAAUGAGAAUAAUGAGAAUGAUAAUGGAGGAACUGGGUUUCUGUCCAAGAAAGGAAUUCAAAUAAUUGACUUUUUUCAAGAGAUGUGAAUACUUUUUUAAAAACACCAUAAAUAUUUUCUUUCAUUCAAAUUUAGCUAAAAAAUAAAAAUAAAAUUUUAAGACGUUUCGUCUUCUGGUUCCUACAAAAGUCAAGCUGAAAAUUAUUUAAGAACACCAAGUUCUACUUUUUAUUCACUGUGGUUCCUCAUGUCCCCACUUAUUUACAUGCAGAAAGAAUUUUGUCAAUAUGCUAAAUACAUAUUGAUCAUAUCUGGUUCCGUCUCUUAUUGGCAGAGAUUAUUGAAGUGCACUGAGCCUCGUCCAGCGGAGUUCAACCGUUUCCCAGAGCGGAUAACAAAACCAGCCGCUGUUUGUGGAUAGAACACAAAAAGACAAUCAUUUCCCAGAGGAGCAUAAAAUAAAGCAUGAAGACAAGAAAAUGACAAUCAAAAUAAAUAUGAAUGAAGAAAACAGCACAAAUUGUGAUACAUGUGCCAGAUGUGAAUUAACAUGAAAGAUGAUCCAACAAGUUGAUUUCACUCUUUGGUUAGUUGAGGAUUGAAUUAUUAAUAAAUAAUGUUUAAGUUCAAUCCAAAAAAACUGAAAAGUUGCAUCUAUUUACUAAUGCAUGUACAUUAGCUUGUGUUUGUGACACUAUGGCAAGCCGUUUUGACAUAAAUUCAGUUUCAGCUGACUAUCCGUAAUUAUAUUCCAGAUAUCUGAAAAUGCAUUUUGACUAUCUGGAAUAAUAAUUCAAAAUAUCUGCGUUUACAUCUUGAUGAGUCAAAAUUCCUUUCAAGAUUUCUCAGAUGACGUCACUGGAUCUGUAAUUUGAUGAGACUCGUAUCCGGAAUUAUGAUUUAAGAUAUCUUGAACUGAAUUAUCACCAAUCAAAAUGACAAUUUUAGAUAUGUGAAUUAAGAAUGAGGUGGAAGCCCCUUUGUGCUGCCCAAACAGUUGCCUGAAGAAUUUGAUGUUUCCUGCACAAAAUUGUCCAUAAAUGGCAGAAAUUAGAAAGAGCUCGGCAAUGUUGGAAAUGCGGAAAACUAUAAGACUGCUAAUGAUAUCUGCUAAAAAAUCCUGUUUAUUCAUUUAUGAUGAAACGAAUGCCCUUAAAGCAGCUUUGAAAAGCUAAACCUGCUGUUGUCAACCCAUUUUCAACAUGAAAGUUGUGAAUUUUCAAACAUCUUGUUUUGUUUUUUUCUGUUUUUCAUUGUUUUAUUAAACUUUCAAAUUGACGCUUUGACUAGACAGAAUGCUAAUUCAAGAUAUCAGUUUAAGAUAUCUUGCAUAGAAAAGUUGAAUAAUUCAAAAUAUCUCGAAUUCAUUUAGAGAUAUUUCAAAAAGGAAUUUUGACUAGUCAACAUUAUAAUUCAAGAUAUCUCUCAUUUAGUUUUGUCUAGUCAUUAUUUGCUUUUAAGAUAUCUAUAAUUUAACUUUCACUAGUCAAAACUACAUUUCUCCUAUCCAAAAAUACAUUUAAGAUAUCUUGAAUUAUGGACUAAUUAGAGAUAUCUUUGAUUAGAAUCAUGACUAAUCAAAACUACAGUCGAGAUAUCUUCAAUUUACUUUUUGACUAGUCAUAAUUCAUCGUAGAUAUCUUGAAUUGAAGUCUGCAUACAAAACAAGAUACAUUUUGACUGGUCAGAAUGUAAUUAGAUAUUAGUCAUAAAACUAUUUGAUAUCUGGAAUGUAAGGGCAGUAAAACCGAAUUUAUGUUAAAACGUCUUGCCAUAUACUGUAUUAUUCUUCACCUUUUUAAUGAAGGCUGUAAAAAUAAAUAUAUUAGUUUGAUUCUAAAAUGUUUUGCACAUUUCUGUCAGGAAUAAAUAGAAGCAAAUUAUUCAUUUUCAAAUCUAAACUGCAGAUAAAAAGUUCCAUUGAACCAGGAUGUUUGAAGGAUUCAUUCAUUCAUUCAUUCAUUCAUUCAUUCAUUCAUUCAUUCAUUCAUUCAUCCUGAUCAGGAAUGAAUGAUCUACCAAACGAGCCUGCAGCGCCCCCUGGAGGCCCCAGCAGCUCAUGUUUUGGUGAGCAGAUUCUUGAGUUUUUCACACUGGCGCCUAAAAACGUUGCGAAAAUCACGUUGUCAUUUACAGAGAAGAAGAAGAAAAUUAUUUGCCGCCAUUGUUGCUCUGCCUGAACGCCGGACCUGCAAUGAAUCAUGGGAUAUGAAUCCUGGGUCCAGUCUUUGAAUUCAGACACAGCUUAUGACUUCAUCACUCAGGAAAUGAUGUCAACAUUUCCUGAGUGCUGACAUCACAUUUCCACAGGAAAUGGUGACCUUGUAACAGGAAGUGACGUCAGAGGGGUGUUUGGGUGUGGCUGGGCGAAGCUUCCUGUAGUCAGACUGAAACUCUAGAAUAAAAAGUCCAGAACCAA